GGGAAUCAUUUCUCAUAUGCAUGUGGUGCGUUGUAACAUAUUCAAACCAAUGAAAACGCGUUUGAAAGGUGAAUAAGUUUAUUUUUGGAUCCAUUGGAUCAUUACACAGGCAUACCCGAUGACUAAAAUAAUCAUUCGGACGAAAAAUAGAGGAUGUAAACGGUCGAAACGUCGGCUUUUAAUCGCUCGUUCUCUAAUUAAAUCGAUUUAAUUCGAACGUUUCGAAGCGUACAUUUCAUUCGGCAGUUCUAAUCGAAAAUUUGUUGAUAAUGCCAGCGGCAAGUACGUGAAAAUUGCUUGUAAAAAAUGGCAUCGUUAAAGUGGAAAAAGGCGUUUUGCAUCGCUUAUUCCGGGUUUCUGUUCUUUACGGGUGUAUUGUUGAUUGUGUUCUCGGCGAUUUUGCUAUACAGGAUUUUCCACCACUACGAUUUUAUUACAAGCAGUACAACAGGACCACUGAUUUUUCUAAUAAUAUUAGGAAAUUUGCAUUUAAUUUUAACAUGGUUGGGCGUCAAAGCCACUACGAGGGAGCACAAUUUCCACAUUUACUUGUUUAUGUUCUUCACAUUAAUGCUGCUGGUUAGCGAAUUCACCAUAGGCGUGUGGUCGAUGGUGUUGUGGGACUCCGUCGGGGUGCCUUCCACUGAUUUACUGACGCAAGUUUUCAAUGGAGUGUUAAAGGAGGAAAUUUACAGUAAAUCGUGGUCUCAAGUGCAAAGCGAUUUGCAAUGUUGCGGUUUGCACGGUCCCCAAGACUACGAGCUAUACCCAAAGGAAGGCGCCGUGCAAUUGUCCUAUUUAUCCUGCAAAAAUAACGAAGUCACCAAUCCCAACGGGGAAAUCGUCCCCUACAAGGAUGGAUGCGAGGACGUCUUCGUCGGAUACGUGGAAUUCAUUCUAAUAGAAAGCGCUAUCAUGGGUUUCCUGGCCGCGAUAUUUCAGGGAUUCGGCUUGUUCGUGCUGGUCUCGUUCUACAGGACGUUGCGCGAGGAGCGAACCAGACGUUCGGCCAGAAUGUCGGAAUUGCAACGACAACUAUCCGUGCAAAGCCAGGAAAUGCUGCCGCCCGUCGCCGUGCACCAGCCGGUACUCGAGGCGCAGCCGGGCGUCGCGACGCCCCUGCACCCCGACACCCCCACUCACCCCCCUUCUUAUGCUCCCAACGAAACGGAGAAAGUUUAAAAAUUGUACCGCAAUUUUCUUUUACCUCUGUACAGGGUGUAGCAGACACGCUGUAUUAG